GCCUGAACACCUCCGCCACAUCCUCCACCACCCUUAUCAUAGGCAGCAAGCUGAACUAUCGUGCUGCGUUUCAUAAGAGGACGUUAAAAAGCAGCUUUCCACUUUGAGAUUUUAAACUUCGCCGCGUGAGGUUUCGGAACUUCUUCAUUCCCUCGCGCAGAUGUGGACGCAUUGAGGAAGCCGCACUUUUUUCAUUUUAUACAAUAUAAUUGUAGCCUACUAUUUAUUUCCACAGCGGCUCAGACUUAUUUUAACCAUGAUACAGAUGUGAUAUGAGCAAACUGCAGCUGCACUAUCGACGAUAUGUCCGCAAUUGGUAUACCUUGAUAAUAAAUAAAAAAAGUAGCUAUUAAUGAAUUCCAGGAUAUAACUCUUUCUCGUGCACAGCAUGCCAGGCUGAUACCAGCGCCUCACUCUGAACUCUCCAAGGCUUUGCAAAUUGUCACAAUAAACCUGAGAUUACUCAGGAAUAUGCUCAGUGAGCAGCUCAACUUUUGGAAGAGCUCUUUUGAAAUCUACUUCAAAAGAUUCUGCAGAAGUCUAUGAAAUCAAAUUUGAAGACUUUUCUCAUGAUAAACCCCUACGUUGCCGUGCAUGAACUGAUGCUUUGGGCCUUUUCGAAAGCUAAUGAAGCUGGAGUCAUCACUAUUUAAUGCCAAGAGACAAGCGCAACAAUGAUUAAUUAUACCUGACACAAUUUGGGGAGGCACUGCUGAUUAUGCAGAAGGUUGGCGGGCUUGAUAUGCCCAGGAAAUCCUCUAUCCUUGAUGGCUUUGCCGUGAUAUGGUGCAUUGUCUUUGGAUUAUUCAUCGUAAUUGCACCAGUGAUGGCUUGUCCCACGACUUGUCACUGCAUGGAGAAGAGUGGAAAGACCGUGGUCCAAUGCAUUUCCCGUAACUUGGACAUCAUACCACCUGAUCUCCCAAGAGAUACCGUCAUCCUGCUUUUGGCAUCCAACCACAUCACCCACAUCCCCAACCAAGCCUUCAAGGACCUGCACUACCUGCAGGAGCUGGACCUGUCUAACAAUGACAUUGAAUUGGUGGACCUCGGAGCUUUCCAAGGCGUUUCUGACAGCCUCCUUUUUCUGGAUCUAUCAAACAAUCGGAUCCAAAGUGUCCCUAAAGAGGCAUUUGCGCGACUUCGGGCAAAAAUUAGUCUCUCGAACAACCCGUGGCACUGCGAGUGCAUGCUGCAGGAGGUGCUGAGGGAGCUACGGUUGGACCCUGAGACGGUGAACGAGGUGAUGUGCCAUACGGCGGUGCAGGAGGAGUACGCUGGCAAACCGGUGAUCCAGGUGCUGGACUCAGGGAUCAACUUCUGCAACUUCCACCACAAGACCACCGACGUAGCCAUGUUCGUCACCAUGUUCGGGUGGUUCACCAUGGUGAUCGCGUACGUCAUCUACUAUGUGAGACACAAUCAGGAGGACGCUAGGAGGCACCUGGAGUACCUCAAGUCACUGCCAAGCAGUUCUCAGAUCAGCAAGGACUUUGACACCAUCAGCACUGUUCUCUAGCAGGGCCAUAUUUAUGUGAAUACAUUUGUGGUUUUGUUCAAUGACUAAAAAGCUGUUGUAAAACAUAAUCACCUGUGUUUCUAAGGUUUAUCAGUUCAUAAAAUCGGUGAAAUCGACUUUUUAAGCCCGGUAAAUGAUGUCCUUUUUCUUAUUACUGGCACACAGGGAAACAUUGAUAGCACAAAAUAAACAACAUUUCCUAAAAGUCACAUUUCUUUGACGGAUGAUGGAUCAA